AUGUCGAAUGUAUUUUCCCCGAGUACCGUCGACGAGGGAGAAAUUCAGUCACUCAAGAAUCUUUCGAAAGAGGCCUUGUUGGAAUUGGCGAAAUCAGAAAGUGACUAUUCGCCAAGUACCGCUCAACACAGUUCCUCCGACGCAUCUCCCGAUGUCAUAAUUCCACCAAAACCUAGAUCAGUGCCAGACCUAGAUGUGAAUGUCCGACUUGAUCAGCUACAAUGCCAAGAUUCGUCUAUAUUCGAAUGGGACGAGACUUCGCCUUGGUCUGAGCACUCUGUUGAAGACGAUGUGAAUGCGCUUUCGUUAUCACAGAAAAAAAAGUCUUCUUUCGUUGGCAUAUCCUCCGUCGCCGCAGCAUUGAGGGCUUUGGAAAAUGCCGUUCCGGGACAAUUCGCCGAGGAAAAGUUAAUGCCGUCGAAAAAGUUCAGCGCAAGCCCACUCGAGAGUCAACUGGUCAUUGUACCGCAGCCUUCUGUCAAUCGCGUUUCCUCAUAUCAUGAAGAGCAACGACUGAUUGACGCCUACUUUGCCAAUAUCCAUGUUUUUGCUCCUAUAAUUCACGAGCCCAGAUUUCGCAAUAGAUACUUGACAAAUCAGGGCAGUCAGGAUAGAUCUUGGCUUGCCCUACUCAACAUGGUUCUUGCAUUGGGAAGCGUCGCAACCUCUCGUGGUGACUCUGAAGAAGAUUUACAAUACUACCAAUUGGCACAGCGAUAUCUAUCACUUGAAAGCUUUGGGAGCGGUCGUUUGGAAACACUGCAAGCGCUUGUUCUCAUGGGAGGAAUGUAUCUGCAUUAUCGCAGUCGGCCCAACAUGGCCUCUGCAAUUAUAGGUGCGUGCUAUAGAAUAGCGAGUGGCCUCGGACUCCAUCUUCACGCAUCGGAGGAUGUUGAAGGAAGGGUUAUCCUCGGAGAAGAAGUGAAGCGCAGAAAUUGGUGGACUAUCUAUGUGCUCGAUACCUGGGGAUCGGUCACACUGGGGCGGCCCUCUGCGAUGCUGGGUACCUUGCUUGAUCAACCGAAAAAUAUUCUCGAUGACCAGGUUUCUGAUAAGAUUCAGUUUGGCGAGCUUCCACCGACGGAGCCAACGAUUCACUCUCCUCUGAUUCAUAACGUCCAAUUGUGCAAGAUCAUCAACCAGAUCCAGGACCGAUUUCUCAUUACGCCUGUCCUUGGCGAUGAAGAACUGCAUGUUUACGAUAACAUGCUUGUUUCCUGGUUUGAGGACCUCCCACUAUUUCUUCGAGUGUCCGAUCCUAGCGCUCCCGGCCUCCAUGAUGCACGGCUAGUGCUCAAAUGGAGAUACCAGAACAUUCGACUGCUCUUGCACCGGCCUCUUCUUCUCGACACCGUCAUCAGAAAGAUCCAAUUUGAGUUUCUUUCACCAAACGAACAAUCCAUUGUUUCCAAAUGCCGACACAUAGCAGCGGAGUCGAUUUUCAGCAUCCAGACCGAGUGGCGCGCAACAAAGAUGUGCUGCUGGAAUGCGAUCUGGUUUCUGUUCCAGGCCUGCCUAAUACCAUUAAUGGCACUAGCAAUUGAACCCACUGGAAGCAGUGACUAUCAGACGUGGUGCAAUCAAGUUCAGAUCAGCAUUGCGGUUUGCGACGAGAUGGCGCAAAUGAGCCCCGUAGGCCACAAGACAAAAGCUUUCCUGGAAAAACUAUUCCUGGCAAUUGUCAAGCCAUCACCACAGAACCACCGGUAUCAUAUCAAUACAGAUGUCCAGGUGCCGUUGGAUACUGUCGUGGAACUUUUGAUGGGUGAUUGGGAUCAUGUCAAUGCGUACGAUGCAUUUUCGCAGUACAACACACCUGACAUGUCAUCCCUCGAAGAGCCCUUCUUCCUUCAGCCAUAUAACUAG